GGUCCAUUCCCGUAGGUUUCCCUCAGAACUGCAAGACGCCGAUAUUGCGUUACAUUGUAGCAAAAUGGCGGCUGUCAUUCAGAAUCCACUAAAAGCGUUGGGUGACCAGUUCUAUAAGGACGCCAUUGAGCAGUGCCGCAGCUACAAUGCUCGCCUGUGUGCUGAACGAAGUGUCCGCCUGCCAUUCCUGGACUCACAGACCGGCGUGGCCCAGAACAACUGCUACAUCUGGAUGGAACGACACCACCGCAGCCCCGGGGUCGGCGCCGGGCAGAUGUACACAUACCCCGCCCGCUGCUGGAGAAAGAAGAGACGGCUGCACAAUGCCACAGAUCCACGCCUGGGCAUCUACGGUCUCCAGCUCGACGGUGGCCUCAUGUCCAAGGACUCCUUGCCCACCCAGAGCACCACACUGGAGGCUCUGCUACGAGGAGAGGGUCUAGACAAGAGGAACAACUCUAAGAACGACGAGGAGAGUCUCCUGGAGAUCCAGAGGGUUCUGGAGGCAGACGCAGCAGAGGAUGCUUUCAAUGAUGAUGACGACUACGAGGUGGACACUCCCAAGAGGAGACAUCGGGGCAAAGGAAGAGGUCGGGGUUCAGGCCGCAGGAGGGCAGAUAUGGAUGACGACAAGCCAUACGUCUGUGACAACAGAUACAAACAAAAGCAGAAUGCGAAAUCUUCAGCCUCAGAUACAGAAAUGCAACCUGAACAUCUGCCCUCUGUUGCAGUCUGUGCGAAGCGCUACAGGAACCGCACGGGACUAAGCUACCACUACACCCAUUCCCACCUGGCAGAGGACGGCAGAGCCGGAGAGAGGAGCUCAGUGGCGUCUAAAUCCCCCCCUGCACAACAGACAGACAGACACAAACGUCCAAAAGGUCCAGGUGGGACCAGCAUUCCCAACAACUACUGUAACAAAUGCCAGGGUGCGAUCAAGAAAACGGGUAAAUCUGGGUCUCCCUUCUCAACCUGCCAAUGCAAAACUGACCGUGGAGAAGAGAAGGAAGACGGGACUUUUACUGGAGCAGAGGAGCUGUUCGGCACCACCUCGGAGAGCGACACCUCCACCUUUCACGGCUUUGAGGACGACGAGCUGGAGGAGCCCGCCACAAACAGCAACGGAAUAUCUAACCGACACAGAUAGAGAGAACCUUCUAGAUUUAAAGAGACGAUUUUUUUUAUAUGGAUUAACCUCUGGCAAAAAUCUGCUGCUUCUUUUUCAAUGUUUUUUGUUUGCAGAAAGCACAAAGUGAUAAUUUCAGGACAGAAAUGCAAGUGGUAUUUUAUCUACUGAACAUUGUUGAAUAAUUUAUGAACACCUUUUUAUAUAUAAAUAUAUAUAUUAACUUUUAAGGCUAUGAACGACUGUCAGUGUUUCUUGACAAGUGACUCGGUCUCCAUGCAAAACAGAAGAUGGAGUGAUUCUUUUUUUUUUUCCCCCGUCACUGGAGCAGAAGGAGCAUAAACGUGAUGAACAAAAAAACACUGGAGAAAUCUGAACAAUUGAAAAAUUUAAAGGCAUAAAUUAUACAGUACGUUUGGGAUAUGAUUGAAUGUCACUGCAGACCCGUACCUGAGCUGCUGGGUGUUUUUGAAUCAGCAGUCGGGUGUGACGAUGAAGGUCUCUGCUUCUGCUCUAACUCUGGAUUAAACUUGUAUGAAAAUGAAGGAAACAAUGAAAGGACUGCUACACGCCACUGGAAGUGUUUUGAGAUGAAGAAGCCUUUAAAAAAAAGUCUUUACAGAGAAAGACGACUAAAUAAAUGAAAGUUGUUCUGUGUUUUUUGUUUGUUUGUUUGUUAGCUGAAGGGGGCCACUGGAGAGGAGCUAAAGAGUCGCAGGAGCACUCAGCACAUUGGCAUGUGGCCCAGAGGUGGGGGUGACCAGUGAAGAAGAGGAUUUAACUCUGAAAAACUAAUGAGCCUUCAUGUCCCUUCUGAUUUGGGCCUGAAAUAACUGACUGAAACGGAUGAACAGACAUCCACCACUUCUACAGGCCAUGUGGCUUAAUUGAAGCAACUGCUCCCUUGACGAUAUGUAUUGAUCCCUUCUGAACAUUUGAAAUGUGAGUAGAUCCAGCUUCAUUUCAUCCUUUCUGCACUGUGCUGGAACUCCACUGAGCUAUGGGAACACUAAAGGCCAGGCUUUUGGACUGUUUGUGCCCGACGGGUGCAUUUGGGGCCCCCGCGGCCCAGCCUGCCCACUCCUGCUCUGUGACUGUGUGUCUGCCGUGUGAUCCGAUGUGACACUAGGACGUCAUUAUCCUCAUCACUGUGCCAGCCUGCCGCUCUGCACUGGAAACCAGCUCUGACAGCCAUGACCCUCCAACCCGAUUGGACCAGUGACCCCCUGACCCCCAGCCAUAGACACGGUGCUCAAAUCCACCACUAUUACAUGCAGACCUCUGGACUACUGUAUUAAUAUGCUGACAUGGACGCAAAGGUUUUUAUCUUUCUGCCUCUGUCCCUCUGUCUGUUUUCGCUCUCUAUUUCCUGGGCCUCUCUGAUCUCACUCUGACUCAAAUGCGUUGCAGUAAUAUAGCUCUUUUAUUUUCAUCUUUUCUCUGUUGUAUGAUAUUUCUAUGUUUUGAACUCUUUAAAGUUUGAUUAGUAUGACUUCUUGGGUUUGUUCAGACUGUAUUGAUACCUCUGUCCUGAUCAGGUGCACAAUAGCCACAACUACUCAGGCAUCUUUUCAUUUCCUCUGCUGUUGAUUGUUCAGCCACUCAGCCCUGAUUCAUGUGAUUGUAUUCAGUUGGCAAGGAGGGACAAUAACGCCACACGUGGAUCCCAUCAUAAUCAGCUCCCUGGAGGAAUUCGGGAUGUUGCAGUCUUAUGCUAUAGCAAGACAUCGCAAUAACAAGCUUCAACUUCGUCUGGUCUCUGCUGAUUUUUGCCUGGUGUCACUCUCGCCGUGCAAAACCUCUCCGCUUUCCAUUUGAAACCUACCGUCUCAGCAGACAGUGACAGCAGUGAGAAUCAUCUCAGAUGCAUUUGAGAACAAUAUUGUUUGUAGAGAGGCAUAACUCUGCUCAGACCCACAUACUUAGUGAGAAAUGAAAACUGUAAAUCCAAGUUAUGUGACAUUUCCGUUGAGUGCUUUAGAGGGCCUAAUUGCUUUAUGACAUUUAGAAGGUGCUUGCAGUACUGUAUCAAAAAGCCUUGUAGGUCCAUAGGUUGCACAUACUAUGUAAGAGGUCUGUGUCCUUCCAUGUGAUUAUUCAGUAUCGCUGCAAUGUAAUAAUAGCCGCUCCGUUUUUGAAGCUAACCAUAAAUCCUAUGUGUCUGGUGUAACUUGCGUUAAGUGCUUGUGCAUUCAAACCAUCUUUCUUCGCUUCCCUCAGGGACCCUCCACACAACAGUUUAUCUCCUCUGGACAAAGAAUGGAUCUGAGACUUCUCAAUUAUCUUGUCUUCUUCUCUUGCAUCAGUUAUGUGGUGUUUCCACAGUUAAAUGGGUCAUUGUGUCUUUUAUCUUCCAAAGUCAUGCCAGUAAGUGAAAGCAUGUGUCAUCAAUCAUAACCUGCUUAAUGUUACCUACCGUAUAUGAACAGGCCUAGUGUGGUGCAGUUCUGAACAAAAGGAGAAGCUCUUAAAUGCAAAAGUCAGUGAUGUCUGCUUUGAACUGUGUGUCACCAAUCAUUGAAUAGCCUGUAUACCUCGUCAAAGACACAGCAAUAGGCCCUGGUACUCUCUUGUCAAAGCCUGCCGGGGGUGUAGAGGGAGGAAUCGGGGUGGGAACGGAGCCAAGAGGAGAUGAAAUGGACAUGACUGAGCGUUUGUCUCCUCUUCAGCUGUAAAUACGAGUCGAAAUGGAGAGAAUGAAGAAGUCUUUGUUUGUUAAACUAUUUUUAUUGUUCUGAAAAAAUAAAGAAUAAAGAA